CCGCACCGUAUGUAUGUCACAAUUUCAAAGAGGAUUUUUGCUUGCAUCGUGGCCACGAAGCGCAAAAGCAUUGGAGUCGAUGACAAUAGAUGCUGUUGCCUGAAGCCGUUAAAAACCAGUGUAUCCCUUGCAAAGGAUUUCUACCGGUUCAUCGACAAUGCCACCGAUUGCUCGCCGGAGAUCGAGUCGCCGUUUAGUCAAUGGGCUUCGCCAGCAAGACCGGAUCGACACCUCUUCUUCGUCUGACAGCUCUCGAAAAAGUAACGAAAGGGAUUGCACCGGUUACCACUCUGGUUCGGAGGCUACAGAUGCACAUCGGUUGUCAUCGGCAGCAUCGUCUAGUAAACAAAAGAAACAAAAGCGGCGACGUUCCUCGCGAGGACAUUCGUGCCUUGCCAAACUAGCAGAGGAAAUUGUUACCAACAGAAAACGAGUAGUCCUGAUCACUGGUGCUGGUAUGAGCGUUGCCAGUGGAAUCCGCCCCUUUCGCGGAAAAAGCAAUCACCACAAUGAGGCGUUGUGGACGCAACACAUCUGGACCACUGCCACACGCGAGACAUUUCGGAAGGAUCCAUUGGAAUGGUACAAUCGUUUUUGGUUACCCUUUUCAUCGCUGCCCCCGUCCGUCCAACCCAAUGCGGCACACCGGGCUGUUCAGUGGCUAUUGGACCAAUCCUCGACGGGCGGGUCCGAAUCUUUGAACAUAAAAAUGAUCACGCAAAACGUAGACGGUAUGUUGCCUCCAAAUCCCAUCCACACGAUUGAAGCCCACGGAAGGCUAGGCCUUUACAAGUGCAUUCCGGACGUAGAUUCCGACACAGAUAGCGAGAGCGAUGAUGACGACGGUCGCUCCGUUCAUCUGGGCCAUCGCCGAAAGUGGAAACGGAGGCGGGACCCUCAACGUGAGUGUAGUAGCAAUUCUCGUCGACAACGUCAUUCUGGCUCGAAAAGUAUCAAUAGGAGUCAAAAAUGUCGACAGUGUCCCUAUCAGAAUCUAGAAUCAGUGACAAUUGCUCAAAUCGAACCAUCUCGAGUACAGGAAACUUUGCGUCUGGGAAAGGGCCGUCUCUUCGAAACACCCAAAUGUCCGCAUUGCAAAAAUACGCUGGCACCCCAAGCACUCUUAUUUGAUGAAGGAUAUCAUUCGCACGACUUCUACGAGUUUCAAAAAAUGGAAGAAUGGUUGGCAGAGGCAGAAGUCAUUGUCUUUGUGGGCACUUCAUUCGCAGUAAGACUUCCAGAAGUGACAUUGGAACACGCCCGAGCUAAGAAUAUCCCAGUGUAAGGACAAAAUAUGAAAGAACGACUGUGAUCAACAUAACUGUGUUGCAAUGAAUGACCUUUAUUGCCUGUUUGUUGCUGUCGUUAUUAAAUAGUCGUUUGAUUUUUAUUGUGUACGCUCUCAUCUUCUGACAUCUCUUUUGUCAUUACAGCUACAACAUCAAUACCCACGAUAUGU